AUGGAGAAAUCCAAAAAUUUUCGUAUUGAUGCGCUUUUGGCCGUCGAUCCCCCGAAGGUGCAAACCUCGCCUUUGGCACUAGUAACCUCCUUAUCCUCCUCUUCGCUUUCAUCGUCCGGAAGUGCACCAGCUUCUGAGCUGAACACCAGCACCGACUCCUUAAGAACUGAGACCCCGUCUCCGCCGAGGAUUUCUUCUUGUGGUUUGAUCCCUAAACCGGGCUUCCUGAACAGUCCCCACUCCAGCAUGGUCGGAUUACACCCACAGAGCACCGCGGGCAUUCCGCCCCAAGCUCUCUACGGCCACCCGAUGUACACUUACUCAGCGGCAGCCCUUGGUCAGCACCCUGCCCUUUCCUACUCUUACCCACACGGUUCCCACCACCACCACCCCAGCGAGUCCAUCAAACUUACUGCGGGAACCUUUCAGCUCGACCACUGGCUGCGAGUCUCUACAGCAGGAAUGAUGCUUCCUAAAAUGCCAGAAUUUAACCCUCAGGCUCAGUCUAACUUACUUGGGAAGUGCAGGAGACCAAGGACUGCGUUCACAAGCCAGCAGCUUUUGGAACUAGAGCAUCAGUUCAAGUUAAACAAGUACUUGUCUAGACCAAAACGAUUCGAAGUGGCGACCUCUUUAAUGCUUACAGAAACACAGGUGAAGAUAUGGUUUCAGAACAGGCGCAUGAAAUGGAAGAGAAGCAAAAAGGCGAAAGAGCAAGCAGCACAGGAGGCCGAGAAACAGAAAAGCAGCAAAGGCAGUCAGGAUAAAUCCGAAGGCCUGGACCAAUCGGAUUAUCAGAAGAUCGACUCGGUAAAGAGCAGCAGAAUAAGAGAUUUCAGAGACAGUGACGACGAGGAAGGGGAUAAUUUCCUGUACAACUCUUCAGAUUGCUCAUCGGAGGACGAGCGAAAUCACACCAGUGAAAUCAGUCCACAGCAGUGA